AUGAAGACGUUACUUCUCCUCUGCUGCCUGGCAGCAACCGUCUAUUGCGCUUGCAAUGACAACGUUGAGUCUGUCCUUGACAAGUACCGCAACCGCGAAAUCGACUCUGACGCCGCAGAACUUGAAGGAGAUGAGUUGAUCGACUACAUCAAUGAUAACCAGAAUUUGUGGACCGCCAAGAAACAAAAACGUUUCACCUCCGUUUAUGGAGAAACCGACGACAAGGCCAAGUGGGGAUUGAUGGGCGUCAACCAUGUCAGACUUUCUGUCAAGGGAAAGCAACACCUUUCCAAGACCAAAGACCUCGACUUGGACAUCCCAGAGAGUUUCGAUUCUCGUGAGAACUGGCCAAAAUGCCAAUCCAUCCGCAACAUCAGAGAUCAAUCCAGCUGUGGAUCCUGCUGGGCAUUCGGAGCUGUUGAAGCUAUGUCCGACCGCAUCUGCAUUGCUUCUCAUGGAGAACUCCAAGUCUCGCUUUCUGCUGACGACCUUCUCAGUUGCUGCAGGAGUUGUGGAUUCGGAUGCAACGGAGGAGAUCCGUUGGCUGCCUGGCGUUACUGGGUGAAGGAUGGAAUCGUCACCGGUUCCAACUACACCGCCAACAGUGGAUGCAAGUUUCCAAUAUUGACAUUUCAGCCAUACCCAUUCCCACCAUGUGAGCAUCACUCCAAGAAGACUCACUUUGACCCAUGCCCACACGAUUUGUACCCAACUCCAAAGUGCGAGAAGAAAUGUAUUGCCGACUACACUGACAAGACAUAUUCCGAAGACAAAUUCUACGGACACAGCGCUUACGGAGUCAAAGAUGAUGUCGAGGCCAUCCAGAAGGAGUUGAUGACGCAUGGACCACUUGAGAUCGCUUUCGAGGUCUACGAAGACUUCUUGAACUAUGACGGAGGAGUCUAUGUGCACACCGGAGGAAAGCUUGGAGGAGGACAUGCCGUGAAGCUUAUUGGAUGGGGAAUCGAAGAUGGAAUUCCAUACUGGACAUGUGCCAACUCAUGGAACACUGACUGGGGAGAGGAUGGAUUCUUCCGUAUCCUUAGAGGAGUCGACGAGUGCGGAAUUGAAUCUGGAGUUGUUGGAGGAAUCCCAAAACUUAAUAGUGUCUCUUCUAGACUCAGCAGACAUCAUCGCCGCCACGCUCACUACCAUGAAGUCGACAACUGA